AUGUCUUCUACAGACACUCCUAGCCCUGCUGAGGCUGCUAGCAGAUCUCAGUCAAUGGCAAUCUCUAAUCCACCUGGACCCUCAGGCCCACUACAGGGCCAGAAGAGCCUAUUUCGAAUCCCCAUGUACAAGCCCACAGGCACUAGAUCCUCUAGCACUGGUGAGCAUCCUACCAAACGAGAGUUUCGUGCGCGGCGGUCACAUCGGAAGUCCCGGGCUGGGUGUUUAGUCUGCAAGACCCGGCGAGUCAAGGCAUGUUGUUUUGUCCCCGCGGUUACGAAAACAGGCCCGCAUCCGUGUGACGAAGCGAAACCCCACUGUCUGCGGUGUCAGAAACAUGGGGUCGAGUGUGUGUAUACGGCGCCUGGGGAUUCUACAGGUGGCGAGGGAGGUGCUGCUCUCUUGGCGCAAACGAAGCCGGGGUUCGCAUCGCCAGAUUCAAGGGCCUACUCCAUGCAUCUUCUGGAAGUCUCGGAGAAGAUAGAUGAGCUGCUGGGAUUGGGCUCGAAGAAGCGUCAACUACCCGGUACCGUCGGGGCUUUGCAUCAUUUCCACAAUGUGACUACACCUACCGUUGGCGCGCCACGUACGCAGGAGCUGCUGAGGCAGGAAGUGGCCGAGCUAGCUUUUAGUGUUAGUGCGAAACGAGUCUCCAUUGUAGCGAAGCAGCUGACACGUCAGACUCAGACGCCGUUUGUCAUGCAUACCCUCAUCGCAGUAGCGACGUCGCAUCUCAGCCAUGCUGUCCCAGACAAUACCGCCUACAAGUUGGCCGAGGCUUAUCAUUGGCAACGGGCCAUCGGCCAGUACUCCAAGGAGCUGGCCUCGGGUGUCGGACCCCAUAACAUGGACUCUCUAUUCUCCACAUGUCUGCUCAUGACGGUCAACUCGUUCGCGCUGGACGAGUACAACCCCCGGAAAUCGUUCGUGUUCUCUGACGAUCCCGGAGCCCUCAGCUGGCUUAUUCUGCAAGGCGGUCUGCGCCACCUCCUCGGCCUCACCAGGCCCUGGCUGUGCAUCAGCAUGUGGCUGGGCGUAUUCAUGGACAACGUUGAGGAAAGUAAGGUCUUCGACGACCAUCGGCCGGGGCGGGCAGGUCUGCACCCAGCGCUGGCGGAUAUCUGCGGGAUCGAAGAUACAACCACCGAGGAGUCGAAUCCGUACCUGUGGCCGCUGCGCAUGCUUACCGCGUUGCUCGCGGCGGAGCGGUCGAUGAAGAGUUUCUCCAUGUAUACGACUUUCAUGGGUCGUCUGUUGCCCAUUUUCUGGGACCGGUUGGCGAACAAGGACCCGCCCGCAUUGGUUAUCCUCGGUUGGUGGCUGGCGCUGCUGGAUUCCAUUGGGCUCUGGUGGGCGCAGACCCGGGUGCGCUCAGAGUGUGCGGCUAUUUGCAUGUAUCUGGAGGAUAGCGAGGACGCGCGGGUUCUGAGGCUGCUGGAGUUUCCCGCGGGGGUUGCUGGGUACCUGCUGAAGCAUGUGCAGGAUCAGACUUGGGAAGAGGAUUCUGCUGUCAUUGACACUCUCCUACUGUGCCAGCCAGACACCGAUUUCGCAGCGCUUGCAGAGAUGAGAUAG